GGUGCGAGACAGUAGACCAUGGAGAUGCAGCUGCCUUUAGUUGUGCUUUUAUAAUUAAUAGUCUUACAUCAGCAACGGUUGUUCAAGAUUUUAAUCAUGUGGAGAGGUGCAAAGACUCCCUCUAUAUGGGGACUCCACCACGGGGGUUCGUGGACACAAAACUGAAGAAGAUCUGCCAGCGCUAUGCCGACAAACCCCGGUACGUGACCCUGUACGACCCUUCUAAGAGGAUCCCAGUUUACUCGGCUUAUACCUUCAAGAAAACAGAGGGAGACAGACGUGUGGACUACCCUUGGAUGUACGAGCCACAGCUGGCAGAGCUGGACGGGAACGGGAACAUGCUGCCGUUCCCCACUGGCUACCUGCACAUGAAGUUCGAGGACAGCCAGGCAGUGCUGGAUGAUUACUCUGAUGUGGUUCUUUAUGAAAGGGGCCACCUGAACCCAGACCAGCACCAGUCCAGUCCACACGACCGCGCUGCCACUUACACUCUGACCAAUGUGGUCCCAGAGAUACGAGAGUUUAACAUCGGGCCCUGGCGCGAGUAUGAGGAGCGGAUCCGGGUGCGCCUAAACAACUUCUGCCGUGGCGUUGCCUACAUUGUCACCGGAGUGACCACCAGGGGUAACAUGAUCCGUCGCAACAACCAGAACCGCGUGGCCAUCCCCGAAGACGUGUGGUCAGCCUACUGCUGCACCGAGUACGACCGCAACGCACCCCACGAUGUUCGUGUUCUCUUCCCAUCCCAUGCGGCCCUGGCCAAAAAUGCCAAAGAGGGCAACAGUGUUCACGAGAUGACGGUCCUGGAGCUCGAAAUGUUUCUGAGAAAUAACAUUGAAGUUGAUACGAACCUUCAGAUCUUCUACGACAACUGCGUCUCUCCCUCACCCCUCCCUCUUUACCUGCAGCACACCAUCUGAAUGCUGCCUCAGUUACACCCUCUCUGUGCAUGUGGGUUUAUGUAGCCUAACAGUAGUCAUUAAUAAUGGAAAGCAAUGAUAACAGAAAUAAGAUCAUUUAAAUUUUGUCCUGCAAGUUAUUAACUGGAAACAAGAUUCUGCAUCAGAGUAAGGGAAAUAAAAUGUUCUCUAUUCAAUAAAAUGCUUUAGAUGACAGUUUUCAGGUUGUAGAGCAGGACUACUCUAAUUGGAAAGGAUUGCAAUGCUGUUAUGUGAUGUUGUGUGGAAGGCUGUCUAUUAUAAUUGGCUCAUUUAAUAAAUUGUCCUAAUUUAAUU